GGACCAGUGUAUGCCAUUUAGAGAGAGCAAGAGUGAAAGAGAAACAGAGAGAGAGAAAAAAAGAAAGAUAGAGAUAGAGAAAGAGAGAGAAAGAGAGAGAGAGAGAGAGAGAGAGAGAGAGAGAGAGAGAGAGAGAGAGAGAGAGAGAGAGAGAGAGAGAGAGAGAGAGAGAGAGAGAGAGAGAGAGAGAGAGAGAGAGAGAGAGAGAGAGAGAGAGAGAGAGAGAGAGAGAGAGAGAGAGAGAGAGAGAGAGAGAGUGGGGAAGGAGGAGAGGAGGAGGAGGGGGUUGUCGGGGGAGGGGAGGGAUCUGCAUGGCAGAGAGAGAGAGAGAGAGAGAGAGAGAGAGAGAGAGAGAGAGAGAGAGAGAGAGAGAGAGAGAGAGAGAGUGGGGAAGGAGGAGAGGGAGGGGGGUUGAAGGAGAAAAGUUGAGGAGAGAAAAGGAAGUUAGGAAAGAAGAGAGGGGGAUACAAGGAGGGGUGUUGUACCCCCUACAGUAAUGUUCAGUAAC